CGAGCAGAAUGCCACGACAGCUGCUAAACCGCGCAAUACGCGCAGCUGGGAGGACAGCAAAGCGUCUAGCCGCACCGACGACGACAGCGCCGGCAUACAUAUCGCCAGUCGCACGGCCAACCAGCUCACUCACCCUCCCAAUGCCGAUCCGCUCGCUCACGCCCUUCGCCUCCCCACGUUCUCCCCUCUCGGCAUUCGGCGCACCCCUCCCACGCCCGACACUCCCCUCCCCUCUCGCCUCCGUUCUCCCGCUCCUACAAGCCCGAUUUUUGGGAAACGAGUACCAGCCGAGUCAGAGGAAGAGGAAGCGCAAGUUUGGGUUUUUACAGAGGUUGAAGGACAAGAAUGGGCGGAAGACGCUGGCGAGGAGACGUGCGAAGGGUAGGAGGUUCUUGAGUCAUUAGACUUUUGUUGCUUUUGGGAAGGGAGAUGAGAACAUUCGGAGUUUGGACAUGUAUCCUUCUCGUAGGCCGCAGGCUACAAUUACGCGUGCAUAUA